GUCACGAUGACAGUCAAUGUGAUGUCGGUAAAAUUUUAUUAAAUUCAUUGCCUAGCGACUAAUUUUGCAGAUUACGUAGAAAAAAUGUUACAGUAUCUUAAGACAUUAAGUAUUUUCCUUGAAAAGAGAAAUUUUUGUAAUUUAAUUGGAAAAUAAUUUGAAUAGCAGGAAGUUUCCAUUUUCGUGUCCUAAUUAAAUUGUCAUUCCAAAUGUCAAGUUGCGAUCUUUCGUAUACAGCUACUUAUGUUGGUAAUCAUCAGUUAGAGCCAAUAGUUCCCGCGCGAUUCUCGCUUGAUACUUGCGGUUGAUGUGUUUACACUUUCGACCGAGCCGCACACGAGUUGUAAGAGUUAAAAUCGUUCAUCAUGAAGAAAAAGCCCCGUAAGACGAGACGACAGCUGCAAGCUGAAAAGGCAGCCGUUGCAACUAAACUCACAGAAAAAGCAAAUGUACUAGCCAAUCCCUUAGAAUCAUUCGAAAAGUUUCACAAAUACAUUCCUAAAGAAGGUUCGAAUGUGGAAUUGAGCACAAAUCGAGUCACAACUUUACCUGUGGAAACAGUUGAUUGGAUCUGUGACUUAAUGGAGAGAAAUAUGAAAAAACUCUAUGAGGAGUCUAGUUGGGGCUGGAAUGGUGAAGCAAAAAAAACAGAACUUACAGAAGAUAGUGCAUGGUACUUGAUAGCAUCAAGCGAAGGAAAAAAAAUUGGCUUCUCACACUUUAGAUUUGAUUUGGAUGAUGGAGUUGCAGUGUUAUACUGUUACGAACUACAGUUAGAGCUAUUAGAAAGGCGCAAGGGACUUGGUCGUUUUAUGAUGCAAGCUCUUGAAGCUAUAGCAGCCAAAAAUCAGAUGCAGAAAGUUGUUCUGACUGUUCUUAAGCACAAUCCAAUGGCCCUUUCGUUUUUCUAUAAACUUGGUUACAAACUGGAUAGCACAAACCCCCCACCAUCAGAAGAAGUUGAUUAUGUCAUUUUGAGCAAGCAAAAUUUUUUGUGUGAAUAAAUGAACUCUGAAUUAAUUACAUAUUUAUUGUAAUAGACCAUUAUUGUGUGAAUUUAUAUUGCAAAAUGUUCUUUCUCCGAUUAGUUGUGAAAUUGAUAACAAUGACUGUUUUUUAUUUAGAACGUAUUUACUGAUUAAUUUUAUUAUUUUUGUAUAGACUUUUAAUAAAAAAACAAAUAAUUUACGUUA